AUGAUCGCCCGCACCCUCUUCCUGGCGGGCCGCACGCCGCUGUUGCUGCGGCGCACCACCACCGCCUUCGCCGCCGCCGCCGCCGCCGCGACCCCCCGCGCCUCCUUCUCGCAGCUGUUGUGGCGGCGCCCCACUUGCGCCCCGAAGACGAAGAUGACACCGACGACGACGACGACGAGCGCCACCACGGUCCUCCAGCAGGUGCGCGGGAUGAAGGUGCGGAGCAGCGUGAAGAAGCUGUGUGAUGGGUGCAAGGUACGUGUGUUGCGUGAUCGUCAUCGGGAAUUGGGGGAGGAUGGGAGAGAGAUGAACAUGGAGAAGGAGGAGAAGAAGAAGGAAAUGAGUGGUUUGGAUUCUACACGGAGAAUACGGAUCUCGAGUGUCAGGCGCAAGGGCAAGCGAUACGUCUACAUCAUCUGCAGCAAGAACCCGAAGCACAAGCAGAGGGGGGGAAUUGCUCACGAGCGCAUUGGGCUAAUGUUGGAAACGGGGAACAGGCAAGGUUAG